GCCGCCAACUCGUGAUUUCUGAGAGUAAUUAGUGGUUAAGGAUAAGCCUUUGCGAUACUAGAUAGCCAGAAAAGUAAGCAUGUCCGAGCGACUAGAAGAAAAGUUUGGAGCGUGGGAACUUUUUGAUGCGCUGUGGAGCAAACUGUGCGCAGAACUUCCCGGAAAAGGGGAAAAGCGCACCGGUAAGAUUGAUAAGCAGUUGGAAGAGCAGUUGGAACAAGAAUGGGACACGGCCUGGGUUAGGGACUCCAUGAAGCUGGGCGAGGAUACGAAAAGCGAAGAAAAAGCAAAUGCCGCUCGCGCGAAGGGCAAUUCCUACUUCCAUCCCAAAGUGAAGCGCUACAUCGAGGCCGUAAAGCAGUACAACGAGAGCCUCUGCUACUCGGAACCGGCAUCCGAGGCGAGAGCCAUCGCGUACGCCAAUCGCUCGGCCGUCUGCUACGAUCUCCAUCGUUAUGAGGAAUGCCUCGAGAACAUCCGGCUUGCCCGGGUCGCAAAUUAUCCGGAACGGUUGGCGGAUAAACUCGCGAAGCGCGAACAAGCAGCCAAGCAGGCCUUGGCGGAUAAGGCUACAGGAGGAGGAGAUUCUACCAAACCGCAGCAAAUACGCUCGCUAACACUAACGUACGAAGCAAACGGAAAGGUUCCCCAAGUGGCCAACUGUUUGGAGCUCGCAGAAAGCAAACAGUUCGGUCGCUACGUGAUAACGAAUCGCGAUCUAAAAGCCGGCGAUAUUGUGGCCCAUGAGCAGCCGACGCACACCAUCCUAGUCGAUACCUAUCGGCACAUGCGGUGCGAUUACUGCCUUCAGGAGCGCUUGUACACGCUCUUGCCCUGCGAGGGUUGCACGGUGGCCAUGUACUGCUCGGAUGAAUGCCGGACGCGGGCCCAGCUGACCUAUCAUCGCUACGAAUGUCCGAUCAUACGCGAUAUGUGGCGUAUUUUCACGAAAAUCCCUGUGAUGGCAUUGCGCACCGUAACCAUGGCGAUAACAUUUUUCGAUCACAACCUAGACGAGAUGCUGGAGCACCUGGAUACGUUGAACGAAGCGACCGUUAAUCCGUUUGCGAUGGACUGGACGGCGGCCACGAAGCGCGAUAUCUACAAUACCGUGCACGUGUUGGCCACCAAUGAGCGUGUGCGCGACUGUAAGGACAUGGGGCAACGUAUCUUUUUUGCUCUCAUCAUUCGACAGCUGCUACUAGAUCGCACGCCACUCGGGGCCAUGUGCACCGGUGAUCCGAAAAAGACACAAUUACUCUACGACCUUCUGCGGCGCCAUCUGCAAACCACCCCUACGAACAUGCACUCGCUGUACUACAUGAAGUACCAGAUAAAACCUAACAAUUUCGAACCGGCCAUCUUCGCGUCCGCCUGCUUUCCGGUGCUCAGCAUGAUCAACCAUUCGUGCGCACCAAAUAUGACGCGGGUCACCUUGCCCGAUAGAAGCUGCGGAGUGUUGAUCAUCCGACCGAUCGCCAAAGGCGGUCAGCUCUUUGAUAAUUAUGGAAACCAUCACUGCCUUCAGGAUCGUGCAACGAGACGUACGGAGCUGAUGCGCCAGUAUCGGUUCCAGUGUAACUGUGAGGCAUGCAGCAAUAAUUAUGCGAUAUUACACCGUUUGCCAAGUGUCGAUCCAAGGCGAUAUGGUAUGAUUGACUCAACAAGAAUCUACGACGAUCUGGAACGCCACGAGAUGAAGCUAGCGGAGGAAUGGUACCCACAGCUGCUGAAGUACAUAAACCACCUGGGCUACCAGUAUCCACGCUAUGAACUGAGCAGUGCGCAGGAACUGUUUUUGCGUGCGUUCGAAAUUCAGUACAAGGAAUCUGAAUCCCUAGAAGACUUUGCCUUCUGUAAUCCAUGAAUCUUAUGACGUGUAGGUGUUUGAUUAUAAAUGUUCCUUUGGAGUUGAGGUAAUUUUGCCUCCGUAUGAAGUAUUAAACAACGAAAACAACGUA